AUGUUUUUAUCAUCCUCUCCCGUUGAACCAUUAUCUGAUGGUGAUGAUGAUUUAGAUAUCGAAGAAAUUAAAUGUGCUCAUUAUUUGCAUUUAUUUUACUAUCCAAAUGAUGACGAACAACAAUCAGAUGAAUGUUUAAAUUGUGUUUAUUCUCAUUGUCCUCACUGUCAAUUUCCACUAUGUCUAGAACAUCUUUAUGAACAUCAAAAAAUACAACGACACCAUUUUGAACAUAUAAUUAAUGAUAUGAAUGAAAAACAAACACAUUUACAAAUUUACUAUCCACAUAUUCAACAAAAAAUAUCUCAAAUGUUAAUUAAUGUUCAAAUUGAACAAGAUGAUCUAAAUGAAUUAAAAUAUUUAAUGGCCAAAAUGUAUUUAGAUAGAAUCAAAUUAUCAGUAAUAUAUCAAAAUAGAAUUUCAUCAAUAAAAGAAUCAUUUAAUUUUUCAACAUUGUCACUUGUUAAACAAUAUCAAUUUUCUAAUGAAACUCAUUGUCAUUUAAUUUCUUCAUCAUCAGAUAAAAUUUUGAUUUAUUCUGAUAUUUUCAAAAAAUUAUUAUUAUUUAAUUCUGAAUUUCAAAAAAUAUUUGAAUUCAAAUGGUUAGAUGAAAUAAUUAUAGAUUUACAAUGGUCAUCAUCAUUAUCUAUAUUCUUUAUUUCCACUCAUCAUUCAAUACUAACAUUAGAUCCAAUUAAAAUUUAUUUUUUAAAAUUAAAUAAAAUAAAACCUAUUCAUUGGUCAAAUAUAAUCAAAUCUAUAACAUGUAAUAAAGAUUAUCUAUUUGUUCAUUAUGAUGGAUGUUCAGAAAAAUAUCAGUUUAUUGAAAGAUGGAAUUUAAUAACAGGAAAAAUAGAAAAAAGAUGGAAUCAUUAUCAGCUAUUUUUCGAUAAUUAUUCAUUAAAUGGUUACAAAAAUCGAAUAUCUCGUCUCGAUUUAAAUGGUUAUUUAAUGAUUAUUAAUGUUUUAAAUAAACAAACGGGUUCAUGGUUAAAAUUAGUGGAUUGUGAUCUAAAUUUUAUACGUGAUAUUCAUUUAAGAGUUAAUACUCUUACUUCACUACCAAUUUUUGAAGAUAAAUGGAUUGGUUAUUGUCGACUAACUAAUAAAUCCUAUUUAAUUCAUGCAAAUGAUGAUGGUGAAGAAUGUCAAGUAAUAACAGUGAAUGAUGGACAAAUUUUUCAUAAAUAUAAUAAUUUUUUGAUUAAUAUGAAUUUUUUUGGUAAAAAUAAUCAAUAUUUUCUUAUUGCUAAUCAAUAUGAUUUAAAGUUGUAUCAAUUUGCUUAG